UCCUUUAAGUGUCAUCUUAGCCUAUGGAAUGUUAUUGGAAGGAGCGACUGGUAGAACUGAAGAUCAGAUCAAAGAGGUUCUCCAAUUAUCUUCUAUUGGUGAUCAAAAUUCUGACGUUUCUCAAGCCGCGAAAAAGCUUCUUGAUGAAUAUAAAUCGAUUGCUGAAGGUUCGAGUGAUCGCAACUUCUCAUUGGUUUUAGGUAAUUUGGCGAUAGCCAAUAGAGCUUAUCCAUUAAAAGAAGCGUUUGUCCAAAGCUUAUCGACUAAUUAUUUCGCUCAAGCGACAAAUGAAGAUUUUCUUAAAGGAGUUGAAGUCAUGAAUAAGCUAAACUCGUGGGUCUCUGAAAAGACUUUUGGCAAAAUCGAUGAAAUCUUACCCGAACCUCCGACUCCACAAACGAUAUUAAUGCUGAUAAACACCGUUUAUUUCAAAGGAAAAUGGGUCGAACCAUUUAAUAAAGGAACUACAUUUGAUGAGACUUUCAAUAAUUCUGAUGGAACUACGAGUAAAAUCAGAAUGAUGUCAAUUCGAAAUAAAAAUCGUAAUUACCUUCACAAUUCCGUAGAUAAAUUCAAGAUUGUUGAGCUUCCAUACAUCGGAGAUGUUAGUAUGAUCUUCAUUCUACCCACCGAAUCCAACACUUUACCCGAUUUACUUCGUACAUUGAAUUCAAUUGGAUUAGAAAAUCUAUUGGGUUCUAUGAAAUCAACAAAGCUUCGUACUCUUAAUAUUCCAAAAUUCAAGCUUGAAGAUACCCACAAGUUACAUGAGAUUCUUCCUCGUAUGGGAAUGGACUUGCCGUUUAGUGGACAUGCAGAAUUUCAGAAUAUCACCGAAGAAUCUAAACUACUAAUAUCCAAAUCAAUUCAAAAGGCUCUGAUCGAAGUCGAUGAAGAGGGAACUGUCGCUGCAGCGGUGACGGCCAUUAUAACGAUGAAAUCCGCUAGGAAAUCUUCACAAGUAGAAGAAGAUUUCAUUCUUGAUCGACCUUUCAUCUUCAUGAUUCGGGACAAUUUAACCGGAGUCAAUCUCUUCCUUGGUCAAAUAAACAAAAUGUCCAGUCUAAAGAGUUUUACAAACAUCAUGUUGUCGACAUUAAGUGGGCCUUCAAUUGGUUUCGGACUUCGUUUCUUGGAACAAUUAAACACCAACAAUUCGAAUAAGAAUGUGUUUUCUCCUUUAAGUGUCAUCUUAGCCUAUGGAAUGUUAUUGGAAGGAGCGACUGGUAGAACUGGAGAACAGAUCAAAGAGGUUCUCCAAUUAUCUUCUAUUGGUGAUCAAAAUUCUGAAAUUUCUCAAGCCGCGAAAAAGCUUCUUGAUGAAUAUAAAUCGAUUGCUGAAGGUUCGAGUGAUCGCAACUUCUCAUUGGUUUUAGGUAAUUUGGCGAUGGCCAAUAGAGCUUAUCCAUUAAAAGAAGCGUUUGUCCAAAGCUUAUCGACUAAUUAUUUCGCUCAAGCGACAAAUGAAGAUUUUCUAAAAGGAGUCGAAGUCAUGAAUAAGCUUAACUCGUGGGUCUCUGAAAAGACUUUUGGCAAAAUCGAUGAAAUCUUAUCCGAACCUCCGACUCCACAAACGAUAUUAAUGCUGAUAAACACCGUUUAUUUCAAAGGAAAAUGGGUCGAACCAUUUAAUAAAGGAACUACAUUUGAUGAGACUUUCAAUAAUUCUGAUGGAACUACGAGUAAAAUCAGAAUGAUGUCAAUUCGAAAUAAAAAUCGUAAUUACCUCCACAAUUCCGAAGAUAAAUUCAAGAUUGUUGAGCUUCCAUACAUCGGAGAUGUUAGUAUGAUCUUCAUUCUACCCACCGAAUCCAACACUUUACCCGAUUUACUUCCUACAUUGAAUUCAAUUGGAUUAGAAAAUCUUUUGGGUUCUAUGAAAUCAACAAAACUUCGUACUCUUAAUAUUCCAAAAUUCAAGCUUGAAGAUACCCACAAGUUACAUGAGAUUCUUCCUCGUAUGGGAAUGGACUUGCCGUUUAGUGGACAUGCAGAAUUUCAGAAUAUCACCGAAGAAUCUAAACUACUAAUAUCCGAAUCAAUUCAAAAGGCUCUGAUCGAAGUCGAUGAAGAGGGAACUGUCGCUGCAGCGGUGACUUCUAUCAGGAUGAUGAGAUGCUGUAUGAUCACUCCAAAAGAAGAAGAAGUAGAUUUCAUUCUUGAUCGACCUUUCAUCUUCAUGAUUCGGGACAAAUUGUCGGGAAUUAACUUGUUCAUCGGUCAAAUGAAUAAGAUGCCAGAUCUUAACUAAUCUCUUUCAUGUAUAUCAUUCAACACUUUAAUAAGAAUAAAAAAUUUCAAUAAUCAUCUGAUUACGUGUUAAAUAAUAAACUGAAGAUUAUUUCCAAUGCUUUCACAACUCGAUUGCAUUAACUUUGA